AUGCGCCUGCAAGCCUACCGUUUUGAGAUGAUUCCGAAUGGAGCCCAGACCAGCCACCUGGGUCGUUUUGCGGGUGCCUGCCGGUUCGUCUACAACAAGGCACUGGCAUUGCAGAAGGAACGUCACGAGCGCGGCGAGAAGAAGCUGGGUUAUGCCGGGUUAUGCAAGCUGCUCACCGAGUGGCGCAACAGCGCCGAAACACCUUGGCUCAAGGAUUCACCUGUUCACCCACUCCAGCAGACAUUAAAGGACCUGGAGCGUGGAUACACGAACUUCUUUGCCAAACGCGCCUGUCAUCCAAAGUUCAAGCAAAGAGGCAAUCCGCAAAGCAUCCGCUUCCCCGACCCAAAACAGUUCAGGCUCGACGGGGCCAACGCAAGAUUAUUUCUGCCCAAGCUUGGUUGGAUUCGACUCAGGCUAUCGCGCCAGGUAGAGGGUGAACUCAAGCAGGCGACGAUCAUUGAGUCCAAUGGACGCUGGUUCGUCUCGAUUCAGACAGAGCGUGAAUGCGAAGUGCCGGUUCACCCAGAACAGCAACGUGAGCUGGCACUGGACUUGGGUGCCAGAAAGGACUUCGCGCUGGCGAUCAGUCAAGACGGUGCGAUGGUCAAGACGCUCAACGCCUACCGAAAGGCAGAAGGCAGAUUGAGGCAUCUUCAGCGCUGCUUGUCUCGCAAGAAGAAGGGGUCGAAGAACCGAAAGAAGGCCCGGUACAAGGUUGCAAGGUGCCACCAGAAAGUGGCGAAUCAACGCAAGGAUUUCCUGCACAAGGUCAGCAACAUCCUCACUCGGGACUACGGCGUGAUCAUUGUCGAAGACCUCAAGGUCAAGGACAUGACCAAAGCCAAGGUCAACCCCAGGCAGAAGAACAAAGCCAUCCUGGAUCAGGGAUGGUUCAUGUUCCGCCAGUUGCUGGAAUACAAGGCCGAAUGGCGGGGUGGUCUGGUGGUUACGAUUGAUCCGGCCCACACCAGCACAACGUGCAAUGCGUGUGGGCAUCGGGACACCGAGAACCGGAAGUCACCGGACAAGUUCCAGUGCGUUGCGUGUGGGCACACGAUGCUGGCAGAUCAGAACGCUGCCAUCAACAUACAAAGGGCGGGGCACGCCCGGUUAGCCUGUGGAGAGGACGUCAGUCACCGCGCAAGCGGUGCAGCCUCUGUGAAGCAGGAACCCACCGAAGCCUUGGUGGACUUAAUGUCCACCAAGGCCUUAGGAAUCUCCGUCCUUUAG